AUAGGUAUGGUUUACCGUGCAGUUUGGUAUGAGGCAGGCAACUGAUGUGGAAGUGUUGAUAGGUAUGGUUUACCGUGCAGUUUGGUAUGAGGCAGGCAGCUGAUGUGGAAGUGUUGAUAGGUAUGAUAUUUUAAAGAGGAAAAAAAAUGAUUAUACAUAGAAUUGUAGAACUUAGAUAAAUGACUAUAAAAAAAAAAAAGUCCUGGCCCUACAAAUUUCAAUCUGUCAUCAGAUUCUUUUAGCUUACCCAUAUUAUUAUGUCUAUUUAGCGGGUUCCUUCCAGAAAGGGGAGAUAACUGUACCAUACACUCAUUAUUUUGACAUGUUGACACUCACAGUGACAGACAGGGCAGAGUAAAAAAAUAAAUCCAGAUGGCGCUAUUGCAAGGCAAAAUGAAAGAAGGUAAACCUCAUUUAAAUUCUUGAACAAAGUAAUGUCUCAUUGUUUUGUUUUAAUCUUUUCUCUUCUUCUGGCCCAUCUCUCUUGUUUUCAAUUUAACUUAGUUUAAAAAUUCCACAUUUGUUCUGAUAUUUGAAUAGUACUGUGCACGAUUUAAUCAUUUUUGGUGUGUUUGAAUAAUCAAUUUAUGGUCUGUUUUGAGUUUGAAUGGUCAAUAUGAUCUGCUCUAGUGUGUGAAGGGUCAAUAUAAUCUGCUCUAAUGUUUGGAUAGUCAAUAUGAGCUGCUCUAAAUACUCUAAUGUUUGAAUAGUCAAUAUGAUCUGCUCUAAUGUGUGAAUAGUCAAUGUAUGAUUAUAUUCUAAUGUUUUAAUAGUCAAUGCAUGCUCUAUACAUGGUGUUUAAACAGUCAAUCUAUUCUGAUGUCCAGAAAGUAAACACGUGAAAUGAUCUGGGAUUUUAACGGGCAACUUUGUUUAUAUUUUGACAUGUUAUGUGUCCCAUUAUUGAAGGUCUUGACAGUGAGGCCUAAACAAAGCAGAGACAAGUAAAUAAUAAAGGGUGGGAAUCGACCAAGUUUGCCUCUACCUAUUUCUAUGCUUCUUUAGGGCAUCAUUUAAUCACUGCUCACAUUUUGCUGUGUCUAUGAAUUCCGAUGCUAUGCCACAGUGCCUUGAUGCUACAAAUACCCAGUGGUGUAGCUAGAGUUUUUUGGCACCCGAGGCGGUCCUUGACUAUGCCUACCCUUGACUAUGCCUACCCCUCCCCUUUUUGAUUUACAACAUACCAUACAGAAUAAUACAUAUAAUGUAAAAUAUAAAAUGUAUAGUAUUUGAAGAGAACACCAAAAAAAAAAAUAAUUAAAAACAAAACAAACAAUGAAACAAACAAAAAGUACCAGCCCCUUCAACACCCCUCUUUUCCAGCCAGUGCCCCUGCCCUCAUCCAAAUAAACCGACUAAUACCAGUCAUAAAGUGGAGUAGCUCCUCUCCUCUCACAAGGACUUCAUCCAUUAUCAGACAAUACAGUGGCAUCACACCCUUAUCUAAUACUCUUACAAGAGCACACAAAAUCCUUGGUAGUGUUAAAAAACUGUUAAAUUUUUCGUACCAAGACUUAAUGAAAUAUAAAUCAUGUUUAUCUGUAAUGAGCAAGUUGUUAAAUUUUUUUUAGCAGAACAUUGCUGUGUGGCGUCACACAUCCAUUUCAUUCCAGACCAACUUGAUUCCCCACCCAAUCAGUGACGCCACUGCCCCUGUGGCAGUAACUUGUUAUUUAUGACAUGCUUGAUCCACAGACAUUUUAAAAUGUGGGACAGAAAUAUUAUUUGUUGACUGAUGUUAAGAAAAUAAAUUCUGAUUAUCUUCUUUACAUUAAAAAUAAUCAUAUUAUAUAGAUAGUUCUUAAAUAAUUUUACAAAUAAAAUUUACAGGUUCUCAAUAUAUGGAGAUAUCUUACAGAGAUGGCAGUGACUUCAGUCAGUUAAAGAUUGACUGCCAGAGAAACCCUAGACAUUCUAAAUUCAUUCCAGUAUCCAAGUUUAGCAUUGAGCACCUGCCCAAUAGUUUAAAAGAUCAGGAAAUAGUAGAUUUUAUUCGAUUAUUUGCAAGUGAGAUUUGGUUGUAAACUGUUAUAAUUAGAUGUCCAACUGAGAAAUAUUAAUUAAAGUAGGACUUAUUCUUGAUACAAGUGAUGUCAAUUUAAUAAAUAUUAGCAGCUAUUUUGAGUAUAUGCAUCUAUUGUAUUCUCAUAUUAUUUAGAAUACAGUAUUUUCAAGAUUGUUAGUAAUUAAUACUGGGCUCAGCAUUAUAUUUUAAACAGCUUUUUGGAAUAAAAAUUAAUGCAUAGAUAUAUUUUUAUAUCUAAAUUAUGUUAAUUUGUUAAAAAAAGUUGUUUUGUUUGUAUGUACAAUUUUUUCCAUCUCUUAAAAAAUAAAUAAAUAAAAGGAUAUCCAUGCUACAGCACCCCCACCUCCAUUCCAAUUAACUAAAUGCUGUUUUUAAUAUUAUUUCCCUCUAGGUUUGACUGUCAGAGUGCUUGUUACAAAGAUAAGUAAUGACAGACCAAAAGUGUUCCCCCUGAGUGAUAAGCCAUAUCCUCUGUAUGAAAUGAAAGGGACCAAUUGUGUGAGGGCAGGAAGCGGAUGGGUAAUUUAAAAUUAACAAACAUAAUUUUUUAACUAAAUGAAAGUAUAAUUGUUUUGUUUUUUUCAAUAUUAUGUCCCUUGGUAAAUCUUUCGGUAAGCAAUUUAGAAAUAACUAUGUAAUCAAAGGGAUGUAAUUUCUUUUGUUAAAAAAAAAAAAAAAAAAAAAAAAAAAAAUAAUAUUAAAAAAAAAAAAAACAGAAAAGCCAAAAAAAAAAAAAAAAAAAAAAAAAAAAAAAAAAAAAAAAAUUUUUUUUUUUUUCAAUAUUAUUUCCCUUGGUAAAAUUUUCGGUAAACAAUUUAAAAAAAAAUAUGUAAACAAAGGGAUGUAAUUUUUUUUUUUAAAAAAAAAAAAAAAAAAGCAAAAAAACAUUAGUAUUUAAAAAAACAACAACCUGGAAGCCGAAAAAAAAAAGACAACUCAACUUCAAAGUUGAAAAAAGAAGUAGCCUACUUGGCAUAGAUAAGUCAGCUUUCUACCCACCAAGAUACACAAUACACAUAGAUUUGUAUUUUCAAUCCAUUGCUCAUUACAUUAUCUAAAAGGUGUCUUUUUCUUUUUUUACCCCAGGUGCGAAGAAUAGCAAUAUUUAUCAACAAUGGGGAUGAACCAUGUCCAUGUGCUGAGUGCAUCAGGUCAGGCAAGCCUGUCAUGGUCUGGGGCAGAAUAGAAGUCCCAACAGCUAAUCACCUUGUCUUUGAUUCAGAAGAGGCAAAGUGCACUCAAGUGGACCUGUGUUUAGUUGAUGAAGCAUCAGCGGGUACAUGCGAGGGGGGUGCUGCUAAGGACCAGAAAAAUGUCAGGCUGAAUGGAUACACUGUUUGGUACAACAACUGCAAAGAAGACAAAUGUUGGUUCUACUGUGCCACUCAUGAUGUGAAACUUUGCGAGAAGUUGAAAGAAAUGACGGAAAAAAGAGAUGAGCUGUUCCAAAGCCUAGUGAAGAAAUACGAGAAUGAUAAAGAGGCACAGCUGUCGAUAAUAGUGUCGCACCCCCACGGAUGUGGUAAAGAGAUAAGUAUUGGGGAGUGGGCCAGCAGAGGUGUUAAUAUGGAUGCAUUUUGGUGGGCCAGGGCCACUUAUGGUCCUAUCACCUGUGCUGGGUCAGCUGGUGCUCCGGUUUGGUCACUAGGAAAAAAAGAGGUGGAGGCUUGGAGGGUGGGGGAGUGAUUGACCUGAUUGCCUUGAGAACUGUUGCAAACAGCAAGGAGAAAUUUACUUAAAACUUACCAAAGCAAGAAUCAUUUUCUUCAGCAGAUAUAAAAAGAGUUAAUAAAUAAAAAUGAAAUAUAUUUAUACCUGCAAGUUGGGGAAAAAAAAAAAAAAUUCAAAAUUUGUGAUUUAACUUUUACGUACUUGAACAAAAAAACAACAAAUAUUAAAACAUUCAUUUUCAUUGCAUUUUAUUUUACAAAGCUGUCUACACAUAACGGAUAAAGCAAGACAUUGUGUAAAUCUACAUGAUGCAAAGUGUCCAAUGUUUUUUUUGUUUAUGACAUGUGGUUCAGACUCCAAACACACAUAUAUAAAUUAUAAAUAUAUAUUACACAAAGCAAAUGAGUCUUUUGUCAAUAAAAAGUCAUAUGAUUUGAAGAUAAUUUCAUUUUCAAAUGAAAUCCUAAGUGUACUUUACAUAGCAUAAAUCCAUUUUAAAAAAUGACGCAAGUUAAGUUUAAGCAAUAAUAUUAUAAAAUGCUGUACAAUAAAGUAAUUGAAUGUUCCACCUUUUUAACUUGGAGACAUUUAUGCCUGAACACACAUUUUAACAGUGAAUUUUUUUCCUCUCAAUGUUUCACAUUGUCCGUUAUUGAUGGAUACAUGUAAUAAAUAAAUGACAAAUUAAAAGAGUAUUUCACAGACUAGACAACAUAUAGGUGUUUAUUUGUGAAUAGGAUAGACAUUAACAUUCUAUAAGUAAAUUUGAAAAAUAUUCAAAGCUAUAUUAGUGUUUUUUCCAAACUAUAUUGUUUUUUUUUGAAAAAAACUUUCUAAUCAGAAUUUUUUUUUUAAUAAUGAGCAAUGAUUGGUAAAAAUUAUUUAAAGGGCUUAAACAAUUAAAAAAAAAAUAAUAAAAAUAAGAGGAAUAUAAUGAUAGGAAAAUUAAGUGAUCAACAUGUAUCACAAACAUUAAAAUACAUUAUCACAGUGGAAGAAAGAGAAAAAUAAACUCCCUAAUUUGACACUUUCAUAGCCCAUAGCCAAAAGCAUUUGAUAUCAAUUAAAAUUUUUGACUAGCUUUUCUUUAAAAAUUGUUGUAACAAUCAUUACUUUUGUUUCACACUCACCUACACGUGCAUCAAGAAUUAGAAUUAGCUAAGGUUUUCAGCUUAAGUAAAAAUUUGCAGAAGUAGAGAAAUCUUUGGUUUAUUUUAUAUAAUUAAUUAAAAUAUAUGCAUGAACACAAAAUGGUAUAAAUUAGUCUCAUUAUUAUUGAGAAAUGAGAACAAACCUUGUAUUUGUGUAUUUAAAAAAAGUUCAUUAUCUUUUAAAUAAUAAACCAUAGCAGAAAUUUUAUUCAAUUACAUACACACAUAAAAAUCAAAUUACUGUAUCCUAUAGAAUACCUAUAUUUAAAUAAAAUUGAUAAUCCUGGCAAUAAAACUGGCAUUUUUCAACACAUUUGAUCAGCUGAUUUUUAUUUUGGACUUUCAUCCAUCACUUAU